UUUAACACCAGAGCUUCAAGAGAAACAAUCAGCCACUUCAGACACCUCCAUCUUACCAAACCAUGAUCAAUCCUUCUCUUCUGACCAGUACGGAAUCUAAGGAAGCACCAAAUCAAUUCAGGUUGGGCUGCAAGAACAAAGAGCGCACAUCUGCAUUUAGACCACAGUUAUAUCAAUCAUUAUCUUCAAAGCAAGAAGCAUUCUAAAUGCAGUCAUGAUUAGGAGUCCUGAUUUCGACACAUUUGUUUGCUGUGCUGUGUGUUCAAAACUAAUUCCACCACCACCUACAGUAGAGACCUAUGAACGGAUUAGGGAAUAUAAACCUUUCAAAACCCGAUAUUAUACUCACAAAGAUAUACUGGAUGUUGGGGCAGACAUUAAGGAACAAGAAGCACACAGAAGAGAACAAGAAGUACAAAUAAGGAUUGAAAAAGUACAAAAUAAACUGUUGAAUGAGGCUGAGAGGGAAAAAGAAGAGGCUGUGGAUGAUGCUCUCGUACGUGCUGCAGCUCUCCACAUGCGAGACAUAGAAGAGCUUAAAAAGAAACAUGAACAAGAACUGCAGGUGGCUGUGAUGAAUACAAGGACAGAAAUGCUGAAGCAUCUGGAAGUGGAGCUGAAGAGAGAAUCGGAAGCAGCUGAACAACGAAUGACCCACAAACUCCAACGCCUCAUGCUUGAGAUCUCUCUGGAGAAAGUGACAGCUGUGGCCGAAGCUAGGGAACAGGAGAGAUCCAAAGCAGCUGAAGCUCUGACCAAGCAACAAGCGCAUAAUAUGGAACAAUUACGACGGGCUGGAAAAAUUGCUAAUGAAAUCUAUCAGAAGAACCUGGAACAAUUAGCCUGGGAGAAAAAACAUGAAAUGGAAAUUGCCUUUGCUAUUUCCCAAAGAGAAUACCAGGAAGAAACAGACAAGCUCCUCAAAGCAGCAGACAAUGAUCGAGAGGCUCAGCUAGAACUGGUGGUGACUAGGGUGAAUGAGAAAAACUCCGAGAUCUCGUCUCUCAGCCAGAAACUGGACUUUAUAACAAAAUGGAAAGACAGCUUGGAAGCUGAAAUAUUAGAAACAAGAGAAGCGUUUCAGAAGUACAUUGACAUCACAUUCCCUCAACUGGCCCCAGGGCAAGCAAAUUUUAUCUUGCCAUUCAGGAUUUCAACAGCAUUCACAGAUGGCCACGUAGACAUUGACAUUCCAGGUCAAUGAGUUAAAGACUCCCCAGGGAUCCAGCCAUUUGCUGCAAAUACCCAGAUUUGCUGUCAAAAGGUUCUGAAAAGCAAUAAAU